CAAGCAACACGACGACGACAAGCAGGGCCGAAUGAAAGUGGUGGGUCGUAGAGGAGAGUGACUCGAGAUUAAAUGCGAACCGCAACCUAAAGUGAUCGUCCGGGAGGAAAAAAGAAUGAAUUUUCCUUCGGGACGAGCGUUACACGAGAUUUUUAGUAAAAGAAAAAAAAGUUUAUUUCGCGAGAAAUAUUUUUACACACAGGGCUAAAUAUAAUUAGUAUCGUCGUGAGUUUUAAACCCCUCUUCGAUUUAUACUUUUUCGUUUCUAGUGUGUAUACACACAUACACACACACAAAUAAUAUAUAAGCAUAGAAUAAUAAAAAUAGUCAUGGCGACUAAUUCACAAUCAAGAAUCGACGAUUUAGUGUACAGUGUAACCCUCCACAAUUCAUUGAGAAAUCUUUUUAAAGGUUGCAUUCUACCAUUUGUGUCACUAUAUUUUAUUUGGAUUUAUUGUUGGUUGUUCGUUUAUGGCGUCGAGGAACAUUACGAUGCAGGCUUGAUUGGCAUUGCCGUUAUCGGCGUUUUACAAAUUUUCAUCUGCCUCUGCUGCCAAUGGUCCGUUCACAUAAAUUGCUUUCUCAAUUUUGUCAAGGGGAGAAAUCCACAUGAAGCAUCGUUUGCAAAAGUUGUACCAACGCCAAAUAAUGGAAGUUCGGAAUUGGUGAAAUUAUACAAGAGUAAAGAGGAGGAACCUUGGUUUAUUUUUCAAAAAACAAAAUAUAUUUGGGACUCGAAUAAAAAGCAAUUUGAGGGUCUACAAUUUCCGGUUAAUCAUUCGAUUAAUCAUUAUUCGGAGUGGAAGGGUUAUGCCAGUGAACAGGAAGUCGCUGAGGCUGAGGCGAAAUAUGGCAAAAAUAAAGUGGACAUGGAAGUACCGGAAUUUUGGGAAUUAUUUCGAGAGCGUGCGAUUGCGCCAUUUUUUGUAUUUCAAGUAUUUUGCGUUGCACUGUGGUGUCUCGAUAGAUAUUGGUAUUACAGUAUAUUCACGCUCAUAAUGCUGAUAAUGUUCGAGUGCACACUUGUGCAACAGCAAUUGAGAAAUAUGGCGGAAAUUCGAAAAAUGGGCAAUAAACCAUACAUGAUAAUGGUCUAUCGAAACAGAAGAUGGCGGCAUAUUUUCACCGAUCAACUGGUACCGGGCGAUGUUGUUUCGAUAACACGUUCGCAAAAUGAUAAUUUAGUGCCGUGCGAUAUGCUUCUAUUGAAGGGUCCUUGUAUCGUUGACGAGAGUAUGUUAACCGGCGAAUCAGUGCCACAAAUGAAGGAGCCAAUCGAGGAUAUUCAGGAGAAUCGCUUUCUUGAUGUCGAGGGAGAUGAUAAACUUCAUAUUCUUUUCGGCGGCACUAAAGUCGUUCAACAUUCGCCGCCUAGCAAGAAUUCGUCUGGUCUUAGAGCUACUGACAAUGGAUGUAUUGCCUAUGUACUAAGGACCGGAUUCUCGACAUCGCAGGGAAAAUUAUUGAGGACAAUUUUAUUCGGCGUGAAACGCGUCACGGCGAAUAAUCUCGAGACUUUUGGAUUUAUUUUGUUCCUAUUGAUAUUUGCGAUCGCAGCGGCAGCUUACGUUUGGAUUAAAGGAAGCGAGGAUCCAAAUAGAAACAAGUACAAAUUGUUUUUGGAGUGUACACUGAUUUUAACGUCGGUCGUUCCUCCGGAAUUGCCAAUUGAAUUGUCAUUGGCUGUGAAUACGUCUUUAUUAGCAUUAUCAAAAUUAGGUGUAUUUUGUACCGAACCGUUUAGAAUUCCAUUCGCUGGAAAAGUCGAAAUUUGCUGCUUCGACAAAACGGGAACUCUCACUAGCGAUAAUUUAGUAGUAGAUGGCAUCGCUGGAAUUAAUGGAAAACCGGAAGUAACGGAAAUAGCGGACGCUCCAAUUGAGAGUAUUCAAGUUCUAGCAACGUGCCAUUCCCUAGUGCAAUUAGACGAUGGAAUUGUUGGCGAUCCUGUCGAGAAGGCGACACUGAAAGCGGUCAAUUGGAACCUGACAAAAAGCGAUGCAGUAAUUCCAAAACGUGGCAAAUCGGCAGUUUUGAAGAUAAUUCAACGUUUCCAUUUCUCCUCGGUGCUGAAGCGAAUGAGCGUAGUGGCCGGUUACACAAAUUCCGGUUCGUCUGACGUUCAAUUUGUGGUGACAGUGAAGGGAGCGCCAGAAACUUUAAAACCAAUGUUCAGCUCAAUUCCGGAGAAUUAUGACGAUGUCUAUCUAUCGCUGUCGCGUUGUGGUGCACGUGUCCUCGCACUUGGACAUCGAAAAUUACCAGCUGCAUUGACACAUCAGGAUUUAAGGAAAUUGAAUCGCGAGGACUUUGAGAAGGACUUGAGUUUUGCUGGAUUUGUCAUCAUCACAUGUCCAUUGAAACCGGAUUCGAAGGCGGUGAUUAAGGAGAUACAAAAUGCGUCACAUUCGGUUGUGAUGAUCACGGGCGAUAAUCCACUGACUGCAUGUCACGUUAGUCGUGAAUUGCAUUUCACUAGGAAGUCGAUUAUUUUAAUUUUAACACAAGUUCAAGGCUCGUGGCUCUGGCAGAGUGUUGAGGGUGAUCUUGAGGUGGAUUUACAUCCAAAGAAGGGUAGUUUUAAGGGGAAGAAAAUAUGGGAGGUUUAUGCUCUUUGCGUCACGGGUGAGGGUUUAAAUUACUUGAAAAUAAAUGAAAAGUCGUUGCUGAAGACGUUGCUACCACAUGUUGUUGUUUUCGCUCGUUGCGCACCGAAACAGAAAGAAUUUAUCGUUACUUCGCUGCAGGGUCAAGGAUACACGACUCUUAUGUGUGGCGAUGGAACCAACGAUGUCGGAGCUCUAAAACACGCCCAAGUUGGUGUGGCAAUUUUGUCAAGUCCUCCCGAAAGUGUCUCCUCGGAGAAACGCGAUAGUACGCCAUCGACGCCAACUGUAAAUUCGCCUCCAAAUAGUAAAUUACCUCCAGGUCAACAGUCGAAUGCUAGAAGUAAUUUACAAAAAUCGCUAUUGAAGGAACUAGAGGAACAGGAUCAGGCAGUAAUAGUGAAAUUGGGAGACGCAUCGAUUGCUGCGCCAUUCACCAGUAAAUGGUCAUCUAUCCAAUCGAUUUGUCACAUAAUAAAACAAGGUCGUUGCACACUGGUGACGACAUUGCAAAUGUUUAAGAUUCUUGCAUUGAACGCCUUGAUCUUGGCCUACAGUCAAUCGGUUUUAUACCUGGAUGGAAUUAAGUUCAGCGAUAAGCAAGCGACCUUGCAGGGAAUAUUGCUUGCCGCCUGUUUUCUUUUUAUAUCGCGCUCAAAACCAUUGAAAACUUUAUCGAAACAACGACCACUGCCAAAUAUAUUUAAUUUCUACACCGUACUUACGGUCCUACUGCAAUUUGCCGUGCAUUUUUGUUGCCUUAUUUUCCUCGUUCGCGAGGCUGCAAUCAUUUCUCCAAAGAGCGAUACACUGUCAGCGAUACUUGCACCAAAAAAUGUCACCGAUACGGCGUCAAUGGACGAUUAUUACGAUGAGGAGGAACCAUUUGAGGCGAAUAUUAUUAACAGUACUGUGUACAUAAUUUCCAUGGCACUUCAAGUCGCGACUUUUGCCAUUAAUUAUCGGGGACAACCGUUUAUGGAGAGUCUCUUGGAGAAUAAAUCUCUUCUCUACUCUCUCGUUGGAUGUUCUGCCGCAAUUUUAGCUCUGGCUUCCGGUUUGAUUCCGGACACAGCACGUGAAUUUGAAAUUGUCGAUUUUCCAAGCGAGUUCCGGAAAACGCUGAUUACAACAUUAUUCGCCAAUUUUCUUCUCGCAUAUAUGGUUGAUCGAGUUUGCCGUUGGUUAUUUGGCGAAGGAAAACACGAAAAACUGUGAUCCAAGUAAUUUGCUAAUUGCAAUAAUAAUAAAUUCUUUUUUCCCCUGGCGAAAAUUUCUACUAUUUAGAAUUUUUCCUCGGACAACAAAAAAAAAAAAAAAGAAAAGAAAAUAGCACAUUACGUAUUUUUCGCAUACAUCGAUAGCCUUAUUUUCUACUUGAAUUCCAUUUUUCACAAAAAAAAAAAAAACUAAGAACAGAGGGAGUACUUUUUCAUAAAAAAAAAAUUGUCCCUCUGGUGAAAUAUUAAAAAUAUAAAUAUUAUAAAUAUUAUAAAAAUUUUGUUUUCGAACUCUUAGAUCUCAAGUUUAUUAUUAAUGCCAUCAUUAUAAAUAUUAUUAUCUAUUGUAAAUAAUUGUGCAAAUUAGAAAAUUUUCUACAUUCCGUACCUUUUUUUUGUCUUUUCUUCACAAAAUGUUUGUAUAGAUUUUUGACUGUGUGUACGAAGAUUUUUAAUUGUUGAUAUAUAAAAAAGAAAAUACGAGCGAUGACAAUGAAUUUUUUCCUGUAUAAGACAAUGUGUGAAAAAAUGAAACAAAGUAUGUUUGAAAAAAUUACUUUUAGCGAUUAAAAUAAUCUGUAAGAUAUACGCGUGACUGAUAGUUUGCGUUGUGAGAAAAAAAUAUAUAAAACGAUUUUUUAAAUAAACUUGAAUAAUAGAUUGUAUUGUAAAGUUAAA